UUAUCUAUGAGAUAUUGCUGUGCAAACAUACAGCUGCAGUUGCAUGUAGAACAUUAAUUACUAUAUCUUAAAAUGAACCUGGUGUUCUGAGGAGCUACGAUGCAAAUAUACAAUACUAUGGAUGCUCGAAAUCUGAUUUUUGAUUUAAAAAUUAACUUUAAGCCAGAAAUAUUCUGAUCAGCCUGAAAGAAAAGAAUGAACAUUUCAAGUGCAUGCUUCAAUGAAGUAUUAACCCUCUAGCUCCUGGUGCUGCCUGAUCUGCUGGUGUUUUCCUGUACAAACAGAGCCACCUUUUUAAUAGUGUUUUCUCAUUCCCCACGCCUUUCCGUCGCUGCAUCCCGCUAGCAUUGGGAGGCUCUGGCUGGCGAUGCCCGACAGUAACCCCGGGCGGGCAGAGGCGCUGACCUUUGGCCCGUUCUCCGCGGCGCUGGCGGUCCCGUGAUCACUAUGGCUGCCUUCAGUAAAAGUAUCCCGCACAACUGCUACGAGAUCGGCCACACAUGGAGCACCUCCUGCACCACGGCGACGCUGCAUGUCACCGCGGGGGCUCUGCAGGAGUCCCUGAAAAUCUAUGCGCCUCUUUACAUCAUUGCAGCAAUCCUACGAAGGCGGAAGUUAGACUACUACAUUCACAAACUGCUCCCUGAGAUCCUCCAAUCGACCUCCUUCCUUACCGCAAAUGGUGGCCUCUAUAUUAUGUUUUUCUGUAUCCUCAGGAAGCUGCUUGGGAAGUUCUACGUAUGGUCUGCAGGAUUUGGUGCAGCCUUGCCUGCUUCUUAUUUGGCCAUUCUGAUUGAAAGGAAAAGCAGGAGAGGCCUCUUGACAAUUUAUAUGGCGAACUUGGCAACUGAAAGUAUAUUUCGAAUGGCUGUAACAAGGGGUCUUCUCACACCAGUUAAACAUGGGGAGGUCCUGUUGUUUUGCUUCACUGCGGCUCUGUACAUGUUCUUCUUUAGAUGCAAAGAUGGCCUCAAGGGAUUUGCUUUCUCUGCACUCAAAUUUAUUGUUGGAAAAGAAGAAAUUCCAACACAUUCAGUUGUGGCAGAACACCGGAUUCCCAGCACAACCAGUGGCCAUAUCACUGAGCACCAGACACUAGAAGGUCGGACCAAGAAAACCAAGGCAUCUUUCAUAGCAUUGACAAGACAACUUAUUGCCAGAAUUUGCAAACGUGGCCCAAGACACAGAUGUUGUAAGCAUUAUGACGACAACUGCAUAUCCUACUGCGUUAAAGGUUUUAUACGGAUGUUCGGUGUUGGCUACCUUAUUCAGUGCUGCCUUCGUAUUCCAUCAGCAUUUAGACACCUGUUUACAAAGCCAUCUCGGUUGUUGUCUGCUUUGUACAAUAAAGAGAAUUUCCAACUUGGAGCUUUUCUAGGAUCCUUUGUCAGUAUUUACAAGGGUACUAGCUGCUUCCUCCGAUGGGUGAGAAAUUUAGAUGAUGAACUCCAUGCAUUGAUUGCUGGUUUCUUAGCAGGAAUGUCAAUGAUGUUUUACAAAAGCACAAGCAUCUCUACAUACCUGGCUUCCAAACUUGUGGAGACACUAUAUUUCAAAGGCAUUGAAGCAGGAAAAUGUCCAUACUUUGCACAUGCAGACACCAUCAUCUAUGCAAUUUCCACAGCUGUAUGUUUUCAGGCGGCUGUGAUGGAAGUUCAGAACCUCCGGCCUUCCUAUUGGAAAUUUCUCCUGAGGCUUACAAAGGGAAAGUUUGCUUUGAUGAACAGAAGGGCAUUUGAUGUGUUUGGUACACAUGCCUCAAGAGACUUUAAGGGAUAUAUUCCAAGGCUGGAUCCAAGAUACACUCUUAUAAAACCAGAACUUGAACUUGAACUCCAUUCCUGACUGCUUACUGUAUGACAGAUCAGGAAAGAUAUUCAGGUUUGUAGGACAGGUUUAGCACAGGAAGUUAUUAAUUCCAAUGUUUUACCUGGUAGAGGAGGGUGGUCAAUAUUCUUGCUAUUUUCUUUAAGGGAUAUCUAAUCGCGCCUUUUUUCUGAAGUAAAAUGUGAAUGCAUAAAGCACUUAAUCUUUGGAAGUUUAAUUGUUCUUUAUUGAUUAUUUCCUUUUUGUUGAUUAUUUUAAAUGUGACAUUCGAGUGUCCUAUAAAUUCCACUUAUGCAAACUGCUUAUUAGCAGGGUGUGGCUCAUUUUAUAUAUGCCAAUGCUGAUGAUUUUUCUGUGAAAUUGAAAGUUUUUUUUCUUUUUGCAAAGUCUGUAGUAAUGGGUUAACUCCUGAUAGCCAAUGGUUGAAGAUGAAUAAACAAGAUGUACUGAAAAAUAAUUUGUAUUCUGCAGUGUAAAUUACAACACCGAUUUGCACUGCUAAAGAAAUAUAAUUGUUUUUGAUAUUAAAUUACUGUUGUUUUGAAUCAUUUAAAGACCUAUUCAUUUCUGUUAUGCAAGUAACCUAUUUACCCUAAACCUCAAUCCAUACUGGUAACUUAAUGAAAAUCUUAGUCUGAUUACUAUUGAAGGAUUUUUUACACCUAAUUGAAGAUUUUUCAUACUCUAGUGUAUUAUAAUAUUAUAAAGAUGAUUAAUUUUGGCUAAACAUGUAAUAAAGUGUGUAUUUCAGGCAAAAAACAAUUCAUUAAAAAAAACCGAAACAAAUAAAUAUUCGAUCAGAUUUUUUCAUAAGGAAUUGACCAAAAAGCCUUCCGAUAUAAUUAACUUGCACUAAUCUUUCAGCAUUAGAAUUUUUAGUUUUUGAAAAUCAACAAUGUCACUCAAAAUGCAAUAGAGACUAAAAACUGCAAAAUAAUUUACAAAUAUUGAAAACUUACAUUAAUGAUACAGUCUUAUUAAAUUUUAUAUUUGAUACCAUGUUGAAAAAAUUAGGAACUUUUAUUUUUGGGACAUAGAUUGUAUUAAUCUAAAAAGCCUUUUGCUUGUAGAAAAUAUGCAUGUGUGUUGAUAUUGUAAGAAACACCUUAAUUCCUCAGCUGAUGAUAUGUAACUCUAGCUUUCAAAACCCUGCAAUGAAAAGCAGAUGUCUGCUGUGGCAAACAGAUGAUGAUCCACUGUGUGUGUUCUAGGCUAGAUUCAUCUAUGUGCUUAUUACUAAAAAUGCAACGAUUUCCAGGGUUAUCCCUGAAAUCUAACUGUGAACUGGACUAUUCCCUAGUUCCAGUUUGAAUGAAAUUACAAAUGGAAAUGCAAUUGUUUGCAAUUGGAUCUAUGUAAUGAUUAUAGAUCCAUGACCAUCUUCAACCAUUUUGGUGGUGUACCCUUAACACAAGUGGCUGGCAGUGAGAGAACAGUAACUUCUAUUGCAACAAAUUAGAGCAUGUAUGGUUAAUAAUCAGUACAGUUACUUAAGUCAAAAUACCUCAUGAAGUUAAAUUUAUCAUAGCAUCUGAUCCUGAUGCAAAAUGCUUUCCUGGUUUUGAUUAGAACUGUGAGUAUUAAGGUUAUUCGAAUUACUAGAUGAUGGGAGAUUUUCACCAUUAUAUACUGGAAAGCUAUUGUUGGGGAAUUCAUUCAGCAACAUGUCAGCCGUUAAAAAGAAUUCAUGUUCUUUGUAAUGUGUUUGUGAUGAGCUACCAAGAAUAAAAGGUAGUUUAUAACAGCUUAUGUAUAGCCUCUGAGUGCAAAAGGCACAAUUUGUUCCUUUCGUUACCAUUCCAUUUGUCAAUACCGCCUUAAACCUCUGCCCAGGAAACUGGAGUUUGAAAACAAAAGAAGACAAAGGAUGUGAAUCCCUUCCAUUGUUAGCAGAUUCCUUCAGUGGUUUGUAUCAAAUGUUUUCUGUGCCGAAAGGAGAUAAAACAGCACUGGAGAGAAAACUGUCCCAUGUAACUGUAUUCAAUUUUGUAAUCAAAGAAUGGAAAACCCAAACUUGUAAGUCUUGUGAUAAAUUUAAAGCUACAUCUCAGUAACUGUAUAAUAAUAUAAAUUUUAACAAUUAAAAAAUCAAUGAAACACAA